UCUUGAGAUUCCAUAGUCGCGCGCAGUGUGUGUUCUCCAACGUACUUCGUUUCACCUGAAAAAACAACCAUUUCACGUUUCAUUCACUGAAUUCCAAUUCCAAUUCCAAGUUUGGCAAAUCGGAAUCGAAUCCUUCUGCCCAAUCCACAGCAAACCACUCGAUUUUCUUCUUGUUCUUUCAACCCCUCGAUUCCUUCAAUCUUAUCCCUUUCAGUUUGCUUUCACUCUUCUUCCCUCGCCUCCAAUCUCGAAGAUUCAAGGAUUUGCUGGGGUUAUGGCGGAGGGCGAAUUAGAGCGGGGUGAAACCAAUGGUGGGCUUGGCUCGAUGGACUCCUUGGAGUCCCGAUGGGUAUUCCAGGACGAUGACCAAUCGGAGAUCGAUGAGGAGGACGACGAGGACGAGAAUGCAGCGCGGCAUCGCCUGGAUUUGGAAUCUGAGGAGGAAGAUAAUGUCGAGCAGAAAUUGAUUCGGACUGGACCACGUAUCGAUUCCUUCGAUGUCGAAGCCCUUGAGGUCCCUGSGGCGCAUAGAAAUGAAUACGAGGACUUCAGCGUGGGAAAGAAAAUUGCCCUUGCUUUUCAGACCCUUGGGGUUGUAUUUGGUGAUGUUGGGACGAGUCCUCUAUAUACCUUCAGCGUCAUGUUCAACAAAGUUCCUAUUAAUGGAGAUGAAGAUGUUAUUGGGGCUUUAUCACUAGUCAUCUACACCUUAAUCUUGAUUUCAUUAGUCAAGUAUGUUCUUGUUGUUCUUUUGGCAAAUGAUGAUGGUGAAGGUGGUACUUUUGCUUUGUACUCUUUGAUCUGUAGGCAUGCCAAGGUCAGUCUUCUCCCAAAUCAACUUCCUUCGGAUACCCGAAUAUCAAGUUUUAGAUUGAAGGUGCCAUCAGCUGAAUUGGAAAGAUCACUAAAAAUAAAGGAAAAACUUGAGGCUUCCCUGACUUUAAAGAAGCUUCUUUUGAUGCUUGUUCUUGCUGGAACUUCUAUGGUAAUAGCUGAUGGAGUUGUUACACCAGCAAUGUCAGGUUUUUUAAUGUCAGCUGUCGGUGGACUAAAGAUUGCAGUGGAUGCAAUCAACCAAGAUGAGGCUGUGAUGAUCUCAGUUGCCUUUCUUAUAAUUUUGUUCAGUGUUCAGAAGUAUGGCACUAGCAAAGUGGGGCUCGCUGUUGGUCCUGCAUUAUUCAUAUGGUUUUGUACACUUGCGGGCCUUGGGAUUUAUAAUCUUGUCGUAUAUGAUAGGAGUGUCUUGAAGGCAUUCAAUCCUGUUCAUAUUUAUUAUUUCUUCAAGAGGAACUCGACCAAUGCAUGGUAUUGUCUUGGAGGGUGUAUUUUAUGCGCUACAGGUUCUGAGGCAAUGUUUGCAGAUCUUUGCUAUUUCUCUGUGCGAUCAAUACAGCUUACUUUUGUGUUUCUCGUCUUGCCUUGUCUUUUCUUGGGUUAUUUGGGUCAAGCUGCCUACCUUAUAUCAAACCACAAUGGAGCCGAGCAUGUUUUUUUUAAUUCUAUUCCAAAAAGUGCCUUCUGGCCAGUUUUUAUCAUUGCUAACGUUGCUGCAUUAAUUGCCAGUCGGGCAAUGACCACGGCUACAUUUUCAUGUAUAAAACAAUCAACAGCCCUUGGUUGUUUUCCUCGUCUUAAGAUCAUUCAUACAUCUAGGAAAUUCAUGGGGCAGAUCUAUAUCCCCGUGUUGAAUUGGUUUUUAUUGGCAGUUUGCCUGGUUGUUGUCUGCUCCAUAUCUAGCAUGUAUGAGAUGGGAAACGCAUAUGGUAUCGCUGAGCUGGGAGUGAUGAUGAUGACAACUGUGUUGGUAACCAUUGUUAUGCUCCUUAUAUGGCAGAUAAAUAUUAUCAUCGUGAUGGGUUUUGCGAUGAUCUUUCUUGGGAUAGAACUGAUAUUUUUCUCAUCUGUGUUAUGGGGUGUGGGUGAUGGAAGUUGGAUCAUAUUGGUCUUUGCGGUGAUUAUGUUCUUCAUUAUGUAUAUCUGGAACUAUGGAAGCAAGCUCAGGUAUGAAACUGAAGUCAAGCAAAAGAUGUCAAUGGAUUUAAUGCGGGAACUUGGGUGCAAUCUUGGGACGAUCAGAGCUCCUGGCAUCGGGUUGCUCUAUAAUGAACUGGUGAAAGGAAUACCUGCAAUAUUUGGCCAUUUUCUGACUACUCUUCCUGCAGUUCAUUCUAUGAUCAUAUUUGUCUGUAUCAAGUACGUACCAGUUCCCGUGGUGCCUCAGAGUGAGAGAUUUCUUUUCCGCCGAGUCUGUCCAAAGAGCUAUCACAUCUUUCGUUGCAUUGCCAGGUACGGUUACAAGGAUGUCCGAAAAGAAAAUCAUCAGACAUUUGAGCAGCUCUUAAUUGAAAGCCUUGAGAAAUUCAUCCGUCGAGAAGCACAAGAAAGGUCGCUAGAGAGUGAUGGAGAUGAUGAUACUGAUUCCGAUGGGAUCCAUAGCUCGCGACUUCUCAUAGCUCCCAAUGGAAGUGUCUACUCACUUGGCAUUCCUCUCCUUGCCGAACUCAGCGCUCCGAUGAGACCCAUGUCUGAAGACAUAAACACAUCAGAAGAGGUGCAGCCCGUGGAAUCUCUAGACCCCUCAAUCCCAGAUGCAGAGCAAUCACUUGAGAGGGAGCUUUCUUUUAUACGAAAGGCUAAAGAAUCAGGAGUAGUGUACCUUCUUGGUCAUGGAGAUAUUAGAGCAAGAAAGGAUUCUUGGUUCAUCAAGAAGCUAGCGAUCAACUACUUCUAUGCAUUUUUAAGAAAGAACAGCAGGAGGGGUAUUGCCAACUUGAGCGUUCCCCACACCCACCUGAUGCAGGUUGGGAUGACAUAUAUGGUCUAGAAGCUCAAUUUUGUCGCUAAUUUACUGUAGAAUAAAUGAGAUAUGAAGAUCACCGAUAUGUGUGCGGCACGAGUGAAAGGAGCUCAAGAAAACCAAUAAAACGAAAUGGUCUUUUGGCAUCCUCCAGUGUGCUGCAACAUCCAUUUGAUUUUCUGUGGCCAAUUGGAUUCAGAGGAAGCCUUGUCACACCCUUGGUCAUUCGGAAGGUUUUUCAAGGGUUUCGAAUUGCGUUGGUCACUGAUUUAGUCACCUUCGUUCGUGUUCUUGCAUGAUGAUUAACGCCUGAGAUGUUUGAAAUUACGUGAAUUCUAUUGGUGUAUUCCCACUGUAGAUCUGUUACGACUUAAAACGAACUCUUUGACUUUCUUUGACUUAGUUUGGUUGCCCGCCCCAUCAAACCUUCAAAUGCAUAAUGAUUUAGUGUUGUAGAUAGUUGUUU